AUGAUGUGUCUGCGAAUGGCUCCCAGCCAGCCCCAUCCUACAAAGGUCGCCUUCCAGGGCGAGUCGGGCGCCUAUUCGGAGAAGUCGCUGCGGGAGUUGCUGGGAACGGAGGUGGUGGCCGUGGCACAGGAGUCUUUCGAAGAUGCCUUCAAGGCGGUAGCCCGUCGGGAGGUGGAGUACGCCGUUAUCCCCAUCGAGAACUCCCUGGGAGGCUCCAUCCACGCCAACUACGACUUGCUCCUACGAUACGAGCUGUACGUGAUCGGCGAGCACGACUUCCGCGUGGAGCACUGCCUGCUGGCCCUCCCGGGGACUAAGCGGGAGGACGUGAAGAAGGUCAUGAGUCACCCCCAGGCGCUGGCGCAGUGCGACAACUACCUCAGAGGGAUGGACGUGGAGAAGGUGGCCAUGUACGACACCGCCGGCAGCGCGAAGCUCAUCGCGGAGGGCAAGAUGGAGGGGUGCGCGGCCAUCGCGUCCGACCUCGCGGCCGAGGCGUACGGCAUGGAGGUGCUGGCGUCCAACAUCGAGGACGACGACAUGAACUUCACGAGGUUCUUGCUCCUGGCUCGCACGCCGGUGGGCGGGUUUCUGUCGCCUGGCGUCGCGGCCAAGACCAGUAUCGUCUUCACGCUCCCGAACUCGGCCGGCGCGCUGUACAAGGCCUUGGCUUGCUUCAGCUUGAGAGAGAUCGAUUUCUCCAAGAUCGAAUCCCGUCCGACGUCCGCGCAGCUGCUUCAGUACCUUCGUUUCCAGCAGACAACGGAGGCGGGCGGUAUGGGUGCGGGGGGGGCUCUGAGUAACGACCGCACCAACGGCGAGGAACGCCGCUUCCAGUACUGCUUCUAUUUGGACUUUUUGGCGGGGGAGCUUGACGACAAGGCGCAGUCCGCCCUGGCGCACCUCCGCGAGUCGGCGCCGUUCUGCCGCGUGCUUGGGUCUUACGCUAGGGACAGCACCCUGGUCGGGCCGAUUAGCGACACGCUCGAGGCGCUUUCCAUGGGUAUCGGCAAUGGGGCACAAGGAGCAGCAGCAGCAGCAGGCGCAGGCGACGCUAUCGCCGCGUCUCCCCGACGAAGCGAGCGCCGUUCCGGGGCCCGGGCUUCAAGACGCCUCAAGAUUGGCAUCAUUGGGUUCGGCAAAUUCGGGCAGUUCAUCUCCCGGAAGUUCGUCAUGGACCACGAUGUGGUGGCCAUGGGGAGGGGGGACUACACCGCCGCCGCUGAUGAGAUGGGGGCGAAGUUCUAUCCGCAGUUCGAGUCGUCCGACUUCUUCGCGAACGACCUGGACGUGGUGGUGUUUGCUGUGUCCAUCUUGUCCUUCGAGGAGGUGCUCAAGAGCAUCCCGCAGAAGUUCCUCAAGGGGAAGCUGGUGGUGGACGUGCUGUCCGUGAAGAUGCACCCCAGGCAGACCAUGCUCGAGACGCUGCCCCCGGACACUGACAUCUUAUGCACCCACCCGAUGUUCGGGCCGGAGUCCGGGGCCAACGGAUGGGCUGGGCUGCCGUUCCUGUUCGACCGGGUCAGGACGAAGAAUCACGCCAGAACGGCAGACUUCCUGUCGAUCUGGGAGGGGGAGCGGUGUAAGAUGGUGGAGAUGUCCUGCGAGCUGCACGACAAGUAUGCCGCAAACACCCAGUUCAUCACGCACCUCAUGGGCCGCAUCCUCGGCAAGCAGGGGCUUUCGAGGACGCCCAUCGACACCCAAGGCUUCGCCAGCGCGCUUCGACUGAUGGAAACCACCUGCGCCGACAGUUUCGAACUCUUCUACGGGUUGUUCCGCUACAACCCGCACAGCCAUACCCAGCUGCGGAAGCUGCGGGACUCGUUCGCGGAAGUGGAGCGACAGCUCGCCGCAAAGGAGGCGUAUCUGCAGGCGAAGGCCGAAAUCGCCGACGAAGAUCGCCGCCGUAUCCUCGCCGAGUUCCGCACCCUCAUCCAAGAGGCGGCCACCACCGCUGCCGAGGCCGCUACGGAAAAGGUUGCCUCCACGGCGGCGGCCGCAGCCGCCCUGGCUGCGGCCGAAAGCGCCGUUGGAAAGGCUGCCGGCGGUGCCGGUAGUAGCAUUAGUAACGGCGGAGUAGGUGACGAGCCCGGGACCGACAUUUCCGAUGAGGAUGCCGCCGCCGCUGUUGCAGCAGCGGAAGCGGCAGCUAGUAAUAGUGAUAAAGGUGUGGAGGUGACGCGAUGACGUUUUGGUUUUCGGUGCCGAGCUGUUUGAGCUUUUGCGUUUUGUUUAGUUGGCACUGGGUGUGGGAUAUGGCAAGGCGUGUGCAUUGUUGCUCUUGGUAGUGUUUUUUCAAUGCUCAGAGGCGUGAUACUGUGGGACGAUGGAAUCGCACGUGGCAGUGGGACGGGGUAGCAGGAGGUAGAAAACCCGAUGCAGAUGGUUGCUCUGGGGCAAGGACCAUGAGUAUCACUCACUGCACUUUGCGUAUCGAGGAUAGUGAAGCCGGAAAAAUAAAUUUCUGUGCCCACACAUACACAUGGUUAACCCCCGGGCCCGUAUCUGUCUGUUACAAUCUUCAGUUAGAGAGGCAACGGUAGAAACGGCGAGGGAUGGCUAAUGGAGGCUGUGCCGCAGGGGAUGACAGAAAACCGCCUUGUUUUGUUGGAAAAGGCGCCAUCAGCAAGACCAAAAUAACAGUUUUGGAAACGUC